CUGUUAUGAAAUCUUCGACGGAUGAUACAAAAACACGUGUUCUUUACACUUUAGCUGACAAAGUUUUGAGUAAUUCGGGUAAAUUUAAGAAAGUUUAGGUGGGUAGGUAAAAGAAAGUGAACAGGCGUGAAGCAAGGGUAGUUUUAAGUAAGUCAAUCGGUAGAAUCGGAAAGUUUAUGUGGAUGAUUGAAGGGAAAGUAGUGAAGCAGGAGAGCGGCCAUUUUAUGUUAGUAUGACGUAGAGGCUGGGUGUAGCUUCGCGUUCAACCGUCCGUGUUCUUUGGAAAAGGCGAGAAAAUCUGAAUUCUGAUGCUGGGGUCGAGGUAAAUGCACGUACCACGCACUGAACGUGUGAACCGUAAAUUAAGCCGAAGGAAAGUAAGGAAAUUAGUUAAAUAAGGAAGUACAGCCAUCGUGAAAGAGCGAGCAUGAGCGAAGAAAGCAAUCCGCGAACGCUCUAUGUGGGAAAUCUAGACACUUCGGUGUCGGAGGAACUAUUGUGCGCACUUUUUUCACAAAUAGGUGCAGUUAAAGGAUGCAAGAUUAUACGAGAACCAGGGAACGAUCCAUAUGCAUUCGUCGAAUUUACGAAUCAUCAAUGCGCGGCUACAGCACUAGCCGCCAUGAACAAGCGAUCCUUCCUGAAUAAGGAAAUGAAGGUUAACUGGGCAACGAGCCCUGGAAAUCAGCCGAAGUUGGACACAAGUAAUCAUCAUCACAUAUUUGUCGGCGACCUGUCGCCAGAAAUCGAAACACAAACUUUGAAAGAAGCAUUCGCGCCUUUUGGCGAAAUUAGCAAUUGUAGAAUUGUCCGCGAUCCACAAACCAUGAAAAGUAAAGGAUAUGCUUUUGUAUCAUUUGUCAAAAAGUCUGAAGCUGAAGCAGCGAUAGCAGCUAUGAAUGGUCAGUGGCUUGGAUCUAGAAGCAUCAGAACAAAUUGGUCGACUAGAAAACCGCCACCACCAAGAUCCGAAAGGCCACGACACUCAAAUAAUAGUAAACCUAACUAUGAAGAGGUGUAUAACCAAAGUAGUCCAACUAAUUGCACAGUAUACUGUGGAGGUUUUACAAAUGGCAUUACAGAUGACCUGAUAACCAAAACAUUUUCUCCCUUUGGUACUAUACAAGAUAUAAGAGUAUUUAAGGAUAAAGGAUAUGCAUUCAUAAAAUUUACUACUAAGGAAGCUGCAACACAUGCCAUAGAAUCAACACAUAACACAGAAAUUAAUGGUAGCAUUGUUAAAUGUUUCUGGGGAAAAGAAAAUGGAGAUCCUAAUAGUGUGGGCCCAAAUGCAAAUCACCAAGCUCAACAGGUUACAGCUGGGGCUGGACAAUAUGCAUAUGGAUAUGGCCAGCAAAUGAGUUACUGGUAUCCUCAAGGAUAUCCACAAAUGCAAGGUCAAUUUUUACAGCCUGCUCAGUACUAUGGUCAAUAUUAUGGACAACAGGCUCAAUAUAUGAAUAGCAUGCGAAUGCCAGCUCCUGGUGCAGGUACAUGGCAACCAGCACAAGCGACCGCUGCACCGCCGACUGCAACUGCACCAUUGCCACCAGGUCAGCAACCUGCAAUGGUAACAUAUACCAUGCCACAAUACCCCACGCAAUGAAACUGAUCAUUGAUCAACAUCAACUAAUUGUUACAUAUGAUACAUUUGCCCUUGGGGCGUUUGCAAAAUCUGUUCUGUCAUAUACCUAUUCCAACAAGUUUAUUGGUAUUUUGACUGCAGCAUCAUAUGUACAAAUUUUCCAGAUGUACUUCGUUUGAAGUAUUAUACAAAAAGAAGUUCUUAAAUUUGGUUGUAUCAAUAUCAAUUGGUAUUAUAUUUCAAAAGACUUUCUCAAAAGUUCAAAGUGAUAUAUACAUUGAUUAUAUACACUGAGAUAUUUAAAUAUACAUCUUUCUUAUAUGUUUUCCUUGCCAAACAAUAGAAACGUGUACCAUUGUAACGAAUGCAAAUGUAUCUUGCAAUUUUCAUUGAAAAAGAAAAUAUCAUAGCAGUCAAUCCAUCAGUGUAAUAUAACAAUUUUUUCAAGACGAUUUUUACGGUGUUGAAUGAGGUAUAUUUCUGAACUUAAAAUUGCAGCCCCUUGAUGAGCCCUGCAUUCGUUGUGCUGCGUAAGGUGUACGUAUGUAUGCGAACAUUGCGUUGUUAUAUUUUUAAUAUUUUUGCCACAAUAAUAUUUAAUAUUUUAUCAAUCUUUAGUUUAUUUCAAAUCAUUAAUGAACAGAGAUAAAUGUUCAUUUAUGGUAAACACAAAGUAUGACAUUGAACAUAGUAUAAGAUAGGGAUUAUAGGUAGACACGGCGCCUGUGAUGUAGCUAGAUUUGGAUGCAUGCUUUGACGUGUGCAGGGCCCUUAUUAAAACUAUGCGAGUCGAUAAACGAGUUGUAAACUUUUCUCGUUUUGUGAUAUUUAUCGUCGGUGGUAAAUGUACAAAAAACAUUCUUAUAACAAAUUUUAAGAAAAUACUUCUGGAAGUGUCAAAAAUGAAAUAUUUUAUGCUGAAUUUAAUUUAAUCGAAUAUACUUUGUUAUACUGCUUAGUGACUCCUCUCCAUUUGUACAAAGAAAUAGCAAAUCUUGAUGUAAUUAUUACAAUGUAAUUUAAGUAUAAUGGUAAUGAUAAUGGUGAACAUUUCCGCUAAGAGUUGGAGUCACUAUUGUUCUACCUUUAUUGAUUUGUAUAUCAAUAGUUGAAAUUAUGUUCCUUUAAAUAUGUUGUAAAAUAUUCAGUUCUUUUCUUGUAAUAAUUAGUAUAUCAAUUGACAAUCACAUUUGAUGUUAUCUGAUAUUUUGACAUCAUUGCAAUUAUCACAUGGCACGAUACAUAUGCCUUCGUGUCUUCCAAUUACUCUACAGGUGAAAAUUAUUGCAUAACUUUAAUAUUUUCAAUUUUCAAUAAAGUUAGGUUUAAUAUUUAUUUAUUACGUUUUUUAAGAAUUUAUCAUUUUCAUUCUGAUUAUUUCUUGAAAACUCAUUUUCCAAAAUACGUUUCUUUAAGUUAAUAAAUAAACAAUAAAUAAAUUAGAGUGAGUUAGAGUAAAAUUUAUCGAUACUUCGCUUCACCACCGACGAUAAUAAGCCAUAAACCUUUCAAAACGAAUUUGUAUAAAGUCAGUACUGAAUGUAAUAACAGAAGAAACAUAAAAUCGAAUAUAGCAAUGAUUGACUGCGAUAAGUGAUAUCGAACUAUGGAGAGCCAAUUUAAGAAAAAAACUUGUCUAUGGAUCAAUAAUAAUCAGUGAACCGAUGGAAGACAUAAAAAAAAAUGUUAUAUAAAAAGUAAUUUAGGUACAGUAGGGUGCGAAGCCCUCGAAGAUGCUUAGGAUAAUGUUAUCUUAUAAUAAAAACAAAUUGUCCUUUGAAUGAAAAAAAAGGAAUAAAUAUUUAAAAUACACAA